CAGGCGACAGUCAGCGUGUCUUGGCCUCGGGGCAGAGGCAGGGAAGGAGCAGCGGGCCAAUGAGGAGGAGACAUCACUCCCUCUGUCCUGCCCGGCUCGGCUCGGCUCGGCUCGGCGCGCCCUGUAAUUAGGAGCUCUAGUUGGGUUGGGCGCCGCCACGGUGGACAGCCCGGCUGCUGCGUCAAGACGCGCCAGCUCCACACGGAGACACUUCUAUCCACACUGCUGCUGCUAGUUUGGAGCAACAAAAAUAAUACUAUAAUAAUGAACGGGCAGUCCUCACCUGUGUUCGAGGAGAAGAAGCCGUCCCUCCCCAUGGCGGGGAGCUCCAUCUCGGCCACCAAGGAGUCCCCGACCCUGCCGGAGUCCUCCUCCACGGACCUGGGCUUCUACAGCGGCCAGAGCGCGCUCCACGGCGGCGCGCAGGACUUUUACCCGGCGCAGCAGCCGUACCCGGCCCAGCACAUGAACCCGUACGCCUACCACCAUUAUAACCUACACGGGAUGGGGGCCGGCGGUGCCUACCCGGUCGGCAAGUCCGAGUACCCGUACCCGCCUUCAGCGUACCGGGAGCACGGCGCGUUCAGCAGGGAGGUCCAGUCCACGCUGCAGGACGCUGUGAAAGAGGAGCCAGACGUGGAGGUCCGGAUGGUCAACGGGAAGCCGAAGAAGAUCCGUAAGCCCCGGACCAUCUACUCCAGCUACCAGCUGGCCGUCCUGCAGAGGAGGUUCCAGUCGGCCCAGUACCUGGCGCUGCCAGAACGGGCCGAGCUGGCGGCCCAGCUGGGCCUCACACAGACACAGGUCAAAAUCUGGUUCCAGAACCGUCGCUCCAAGUUCAAGAAGCUCUACAAGAACGGAGAGUUUCCUCUCGGGGACAUUCCUCUGGAACACAGUCCAGACGCCAGCGACUCCAUGGCCUGCAACUCUCCUCCGUCCCCAGCUGUGUGGGAAAACAACAACAACAGCAACAGUAACAACAACAACAACAAUAGCAGCAGCAGCAGCAGCGGCAACACGAACAGCGACGGCAUCAAGAGUAGUGUGAUGGUGGAUCCGUCCAGCAGGGGGCAGCCUCCCUUCCAGCCUCCGGUUGACUCCUCUCCAGCCUGCAUGGGGGAGUUCACCCACCAGAACUGGUACCAGCAGCAGGGAGCUCAUUUAGGCCUCCAGGCCGGCCCGACUCACCACACGCCAUCCACAGGACCACCAGCCACACAGAGUCUGGGAGCCGUCUACUGAGACACUUUGACUGGAGCCCUGUGCUGAAAUUUUCUUUUUUUUUGGAUGAUUUGGUGCGCUGUUGGGACCAGAAACACCUGACAGCGAUCUUCAGGCACGAGUCCUGACUGUAAAACCUGACACACGUGUUGUAAAACAGGCUUUUCUACAGUAAAUGUGGAUUGUCCUCAGCCGCCCCGUUCUCCUCAGCUCUGAAGUUUAUGAACUCAUAACAUAGCUGGUAAAAUGGAGAUUAGGGUGAUUGAUGUGGCGUUUUUAAAGCUCGGACUGAUAUCGAUUUCUUAAGUGAAAUUAGUGCUGACAGAUAACAUUUUGUAUAUUUAAUAUCUGAAAUAUGACCAUAUUUAUACCAAAAAACAAUGAUUGAAGCAGUGAUUCAAUCUUCCCUUCAUUUUUUUCCUUUGGACUCUGACAUUUUCCCUCUUAAACCUAAUACUACUGACGUUUUCCAGGCUUUGCAGCUCAUUAAAGCCCAUCGAUCCAGCAUGGCAGACUUUAGAUAUGUUGGGCUUUAAACUGACAGAAAACAGGACAGUUUGAUGAAGCUGUGGUCAGAAUCUAUGUUCAAUGUGAACAACACUGAAAGGCUGAUAACCUUUUAAAAUAAAACAUCAAUAACAGACAAACACACUUCAGAGACACUGAAAUGAUCCAUUAGAGUGUUUUUACAAACUGAAUUAAUACUCA